AGAACUUCCGGGAACUAUCUGAAGUCAGCAUUUUGGACUUCCGCUGUCGCGACUGUCUCUGGGACCAACCAACGAAGGUCAACGAGUGCGACCAAUCAGACACAGAGCAGGGGCGGGUCUUCAAUCACCUCGGGUGGGAAACCGUCACCCGCGACAUCUUGGUCUUUGGUGGGUCGUUGCCAUGGAUACAGGAGCGACGCAAUCAAUGGCAAAGCUGCAACACAGACUAUGAUGCAACGCAGAUAAGCGCCUGAGUUGUUUACAGGGGGCUGCACUUGGAUACAUGACAGACCAUGGAGCAAGAUGAUGAGCUGAGUGACCUGCGGCUUCAGUUCCAAGCGCUGCAGAAACAGCAGGAGAAAAGAAAAUUGGAGAGGAAAAAGGAAAAAGAACAAGACAAGGUGCAUGUCGGUGUUACACAGGGUGAUUUGGAUCUAUUGAAACAAGGCCUUCAGGCAGACCAUCUGACAGCAAGCGACAGAGUCCUGCAGAAAGACAAUCAGAAUUUGCUCGAUCAGUUGAGAGAGCUGAAAGAUGAAAAUGGUCGGCUCUUCAAACUUCUGGGAGAAAAGGAUUUUGAAUAUAAACACCUCAAGAAGAAAAUAGAGGAAGAGCGACUGGCCUUAGCAGGCACAUCAGGAUUGGCUGGGGACGUGGCAGCCACGAAGAUUAUCGAGCUGUCCAAGAAGAACAGAGAGCUAACUGCUGAAUUUGAGCGGGAAAAGACUAAGUCAAAGCAAAACAGCAACAGAAUCAAAGAGCUUGAGAAAGAGCUGCAGUCUGCGUUGGUGCUCUCUCCGUCCGGGCAAACAGACGAUACCAGAUCACGGAGUAAGAGGUUACUUGAAGACUGUGAGCAGGAAAAUCCAGCGGUGAAAUCGCUGCAGGACAAACUAGCCGCUGCCCAGCUGAAAGUGGCUGAAUAUCGCAAUCAGGUUCAAUCCCUCAAACAGGAGUUGAAAGUAGCUCAGAGGGUUUUGAUCAGUGAGGUUGGAGAGGAGGUCAACCUUCAGCAAUUAAUCAACUGCCCAGGGAGCUUUAGAGGUCGCUCUCAACAGAUUCUGGCUCUUCAGACAAGGGUGCGGGACCUUGAGCAGCAGCUGAACCGGUCAACUCAGCGGAGACAGCCAAGUGUCCUAAGUGAAGAGGAAGAGUUUCUGGGCACAGGCGUCCUUCUGAAAACCCCUACUCAAGACAGAAACCUCAGCUACAUCCGCACCAUCGAAAAGGAAAAGAGGGAGGCGUUCGAGAAGAUCUCUGUGGAAUAUGAGAGCCUCCGGAAAGACAACGAGGAUGUAAAGAAAAAGCUAGACGCCUCCAGAGCCAGGAACAAAUAUCUGACUGCCGAAAUUAAAACUCUGAAGGACCAAAUUUCCACCCUGCUGGAGAAGAGUAAACAUGAUGACGAGUUUGUGGAUGCUUUGCUGAAGCAGCAGACCCAGAUGCAGGAGGUGCUGAGUCGACUCAGCCAACAGCAGACAGAUCGGAGCAGAGAGAUCCAGCCCAGCCACAGGCAGCAGGUGAGCGGCGAGCCAGCGGAGCACAACCCCCUCAUCCACAAGCUCAAGCAGAGAGUCGCUGAGAAAGAGGCGAAGAUCAAAGAACUAGAGGAGGAAAUCCAGCAGUUCUCUACCAAGGAAGAAGAAGGCGUGGAAAGACAGCCCGGCCUCAAUUCAAUUGGCAGUUCAGGUUUUUCCCCUGAAGAGGGAGACAUUAACAAGGGAAUGACAUCUUCAGGUUCACUUUCUACAUUUGGUCAUAAACUGGUGCUGCCUAAUGUGAAAAGUAGCGUAAUAUUCAAGGGUCCAGGUUCUUCAAAAUGUCCACAAUGUUCAGCGGACGUCAGCGGACUCAGUGAAUGUAAAAAUCCUCUGUGUGGAGACGGACAGACCCUUUGAGCUGGUGAACUUCCUAUAGAAAAGUCCAUUUGUACAGUCACCAUCCAGAUGAACCAGAGGUGUUUGGAGGAGUGACGCGUGACAGUGAUCCUGGAGCAGCAGCUUGGGAGGACAAAAUUAGAUUCAAAUUAUAAGGAUGGUGCAAGCAGCAAUGAUCGAACUUCUAUUGCAAGGCUCAAUUGCAGCAGGGUGGUCAAGCACAUCUUAUUGAAUUAAAAAAUCAUAUAUUUUUGUAAUGAUCUGACUCAUCAAUUCCUCUGUGAGCAGUGUCCCUCAGCGCUAGGAUGGCAGGAUGCAACAAACAAAAGGAGCUGUCCAUAGACAAACACCAAGCUGAUCGGCGUGUGCACAUACACACCACCAGCGGACAACAGCCCUUUCUAACAGUCAUGUUUGGACCGCAUAGAAAUGCUCAAGUUGCUCCGUGUUGUGUCAUGGCUGGUCACUCGGAUGGAGAUAAGGGAGGCGCUGAGGGCAUCGCUAAAGAGCACUCUCCACCAUGACCUGUAGCUCUGCAGUGACGUGAUGAGACCAGUCAAGCAUUUUUUUUCCCUGCAGGCUCUGUGACAGCAGAGUGGAGACACUAACCAGGGGAACUGGCUGGUCCCUGCUCAACCUCACGUCCAGCUGAGCCCUACCUUCUCCUGUCACAUUUGUCAAACAGCAGCCUGUAGGACAGCGUCUCUCCUCCUCCGCCACGCAGACAUCACACAGAUCUCCCUUUUUUCGACAUUCAAACCCUCGACGACAGUCGGUGACGCUUCCAUUGUGCAUUCGGGUGACUUUGGUUUCACCAAUGGAGUACCAUGAGUAACCGUUUUCAUCUUAACCCUUAUUGCAUCGGACUAGUGUUCUUACUGAUUGCAGGACUGUUUGAUGCUGAUAGGACGUCUUCCCAUGGUUCCCUAUUUUGUCUGCUUGCUGUUCUAUAAAUGUCACUGUCACAUUUUAUUAAAUCAAUGUACAUGUAUUUUGCUUUGCUGGCAACUUUAAGUGCAUUGCAGGUCUAAAGAGCAGCAAUGUAUUUUUGUUUGCCAAUGAGGCGUCCAGUUUAAUCAAUGGAAAGCGAACCAAAUCUUCACCAGAUGUUUUAAAUAUUGUUUGCCUUCAUGGCUGUAACCUUCGGAGAGUUUUUAGUUUUUUUGGCUCCAGAUGGUUGUAUAUGAAUGUGCCACAAGCCAAUCCAAAUAGUAAACACCUCAGUUAAAUUCCCAAAAAAGCUUCAAUAUUCCUUUUAAAUAUUAGUGUUAAUCACUUCUGACUUGAGACCAGCUGUGUGGGAAUAGUGGUUGAAAAUUAAUUCGGACUCAAGCUGCACAAACUGUUGCAGCAGUCGUCCAUGUUCCCCAGAGCAUGUCACACAUACUGUACUGUAUGUAGACUGUGUGAUCUUAAUCUCAUAAUUCAAAGGUUGUCUGGAUAAGAGUAGCCUGGUGGGAGUGGCCCUUACAUUCAUCCUAACAUUCAUCCUAACAUCCGAGUUAAAUUCUUCCGAUGUAGCCAAAAGGAUUGCAGCAGAACCCCCUUCCUCUCCCCCCACAUCACGCUUAAUUUAAAACCAUGGCUGAGUUAGUGUGCUACUUCAAAUACCGCACUAUUUCUUCCAGUACCCUGUGGGAGAUUGGCAGGUCCCCAUUGGACUGAGCGAGAAAGUGCCACAAGACAAAAAUAUCAGCAUUUGGACAUGAUGAAGAAAACCUUUGUGCUCAGAGUAACAAAAAGCAGCUUGUGUUGAAUACCUCCUGGAUAGAAGGUGAGGCACCCUUUAAUGUGGAGGAGUGAGAUGUGUCACUGGGGGAACAGAUAAGAUAACAUAAGCUUCAUGACUACGUACCCUGCAGGUUUGCCAAAUAUAUAUCAAAUGCAGCAGUGUGCAUCAGAAAGGCUGUUGAUGGAGCAAAUACUUGUCAUGGUCCCUAACUGCAUCCAAUUCCAGGGAAAAUGUUUCACUCGAUAAAUUUUUGUUUCCUUGUUUUUUUCUUUUAUAGCUAUCAUAACACAACUUCAUAGACAAAUGAAGUCAGUGUUCGUGAUGCAUGCAGAAUCAUUUCCAACGUUUUUCUGAAGCUUUUAUUUGGAACAUGUGAUGCUUGAUAGGAACAAGGCCAAAAACAGUCAGCUCUCUGGGAUUACAUUAAGACAUAUUGGUGUUCAACAUAAAUCCAACUUUAAUUGCAGGUAAAAAAGUCAAUGGCGUUAUAGAUUUACACAACAACUGCUGACUUCAGUCAUCAGAGAGUGUCAUCACUUUCAAAUAAAUUACACUUCACCAAACAAUUUUGAUAUUGUUUUGUGCAGCUGUAUUACGCAGAAAGGUGUAGAUUUAUUCCAAAUUGCCCAAUAACCCACCAAACCAAACACAAACUUAAGUAAACACAGCAUACGUAAACAGCCUCACCUAUUUGUCAUUCCAGGUUUGAAUGACUCCUUUCUCCAUCCUUCUCCUCAGAGGUAUUCCCUCGUUCUGGACCAAUGCUUCCUGCAGACCAUUGACUGCAUCCAGAAACUAAAGUAAAUAGUGGCGCUGUGAACGCAGAGGUUAAAGUUAGCCAUCAGUAUAUGAGGGAUCUGUGAACUUAAGUCAGGCCAGAAAACGGUUUGUGCCUCUAUGAGUCCAUUCAUCUCCCAGUGCCUCUCAUUUACAUGUAAUGGAAAGAAAAUAAACAGCAGAGUCUUAAUGUGCUCAUUUACUGUAAGUAGAAAUAAAAUAAUGAGCUUUUAUCUUCCCUUCGAGGCAGCGCUGAAGCAAUGAUAAGCAUUUUUUUUUUUUUACAACCGAAAUGUACAAGAUGAGUAUGCCGACACUGAUAUCUAAAAUCGAGUAUGGAGUCGUGCAUUACAUGUGCUCACAUUUUAUAGAGAUGUGUUGACGUCAGCAGAUGUUCUGGUCUCGAUUUCAAUCUGUGCCUCAAUUCUGAUUUUAAAAUUACUCUAUAUGUAUAUGCUCAUUUUCAAACUUUGGCUUUGCUUGCUAUUUGCCAGUAGUGAUAUUCUGGUGCAGUGAGGAUAUCAUGUCCAUCCUGUUUUUGUUUUUUUUCUUCAGUAAUUGUAUUUAUUUCGCCAAGUAUAAAAAUAGGUGGCAUCACUAGAUGGCAGUGUGCUUAGUCAUGUCCAUCAACUCAUAUAUAAACAGUUUUUUGUUUCUGUCGGUCAGUUGUUAUUGCCCAGCAAUGAUGCAAUUUAAUAUCCAGUAGCGAUUAUAUCAAUAGAGUGGAAAAGAAAAUGUGUAUGUCUUUUCUUCUGUAGUAAAUAGAAAUGUGAUAAAUACAUAAAUAUUACUCUAUUCUGAAUAGUAAAAUUGCAGGAAAAUGUCCAUAUGGUGGCAUCACUUCAGAA